CCUACGUCUCCAGUUCCGGGAACGUUCCAUUGAUCAUCGCUCCACUUGGCGGCCGCUGGCACAAUUCCCACUGCGUUCGUCACAGAUCCCCUUGUAGACAAUUAUGUCACUGUCACCCAGCACGCAAACUGAUCUUUCAAACAAAAAAUCGCCAAGAGCACCUCAAUCUCGGCUCCAAUCACAGCCAAAUCCGGGAGCUUGCCCACCGCCGGAGCCGGAAGUGUAACGCCUAAUUUUUACUGAUGUUGCACAAGAACUGAUUGGGAGCCAUGCGCCCGCCCGAGGUUUACCACGUAUAUAGUCAUUCACAGAACCACCUGGCAGAGCGCCAGGAGAUCGGACGUGGGGUUCGGAGUGGGAUCAAGUGCAUGAUCACCGGCAAAUCGGUGGGAGCUAUUGUCGCAGCACUACAAAAAACCAGAACAUCCAAGAAAGUAUUUCAAAACUAUAUUGGUAACUUUAAUAAAUUCCUAAACAAGAAUGAAGAAGCUGUAAAACAACAAGAUAUAUACAAUAUAAACAUCUGAAUUAUAUUUAUACAUAUAUUUGAAAAAGUACUUAGCUAUUGUGAUACAUUUAAUUGUUAACUCCUGGUUUUGUUCAGUGCGGUUGUCCCUCAACUUGAACGCAUUUACAUCAAUCUCGCAGAGAAAUUCAUUCAUUUCGAAUCACCGGCCUGCAGUUCGCUCUUCAGAAUCCAAGAGGCGGCUCUCAAUGCGAUGGCCACCACCACCGAGUUGGGGUUUCCCGAGAUCGGACGGGGUAGUACUUGGAAAAAUAAUUCACAAAUAUAAUUACUAAUGGAUUAAGAAACUAUGUUAAUUUUGAUUACUUGAUUACUUUUAAUUCAUAGUUAAAAAGAAUUGAAAAUAAUGGGAACUUACCACUAGCAUCCACCACCCGCACAUUAGAUACUCCUUUUAAUCUGCAAACAAAGUGUAUUCUAAUCAACCUACAUUCGAAAUCCGGAUCGCUUUUACCUCAACUGGGAGUCCACGACGCUGCCAAGGGCGCAUGUUCCACCCGGAUGAUGGGAUCCCAAGCCAACGUGCCGCAUCAGACACUCCAGGUAGUGAUCCGAUGGACGGUUGUCGAAGAAAUCCCGCUCGAAGGGGCCGAAGUUGGAGCACUCCUGCACGCGCGGCCAAUGGAUGCGGGGAUGCAGUGCAGCAAAGGCAGUCGAGUUGACCAGCUGCAAUGGAACUCAACUAAAAAACGGCCUCAAGAACAUAUUUAAUAGCUUACCUCGACUGCACUUCGAAUGGCGGAAAUGGUGCAGUCCACGUCCACUUCGUUGCUAAGAUAGUUUGGAUCUAUCAGGGGAUUCCUUCGCAUAUGCCGAUUAAGCAGUCCCACAGAUCCACGAGAGUUUGGCUGCAGGCAGCUGGAGAUAACCACAAAUCCCUCCUGCGAGGCAUUGUAAUAGCGUGGAAAGAGCGCCCGGAAUGCUGGACCCUUGAAAUUUGAUAUGGACAUCAGAGCAGACUCGUCGAUGGCGCCGGCUCCAAAGAAGGUGAUGCCGUAGGGCGGGGAUCCCGAUCCUCCAUAGCUGGCCACAUUUCCCAGCACUCCAAAGUUUCCCAAGGGACCCGAACCAGAGCUCAGGUAGUUGAUCAAGGUCAUGGGAUUCAAGAGAGUGUUCUGGUUGAGUGUGGGUCCAGUGACUCCCAUCGAUACGAAAAGUGGAAGAUUAAAGUGGUCGUGCAGGUUGUGGCCCACCAAAGGUAAGCUAUGCUGAACGGGAAUACCCAGUUUCUUCAGGGCAGAAACGUCGCCAAUUCCAGAUGCCAUCAGGAGCUGUGGAGUUUGGUAAGCGCCAGCGCAGAGGAUUAACUCUCUUCUCACCUCGAUGCUAAAUUCUUUCUCCCUGUUCUCCUCGUCCUUAAUCCCCACGAGAAUCGAGGUGGCCUGGAGGAACGGACUAGUGGCAAGUUGAAUCCGUUUCACCAAAGCAUCGGGCAGCAGCCGCAGAUUGGAGUGAUGUAUGACCGGGUUAAGGAACUGCUGUACCACCGAAUGACGCAGGCCGUUUCUAAUAUUAUACAAUGAGCGUCUAAAGAUCCAAUCCUUGUGGGCGAACUGCGCCUGCGCUUCGUCCAAAGCUUCAGUUAGUUUGGAGUAGCGACGGGGAAUUUCGAGCAUGUCUGGGUUCUUGGGCUUGGCGGCGGACAUGAAUGAUCUCACUUGGGCCCAGCUCCAAUCGCUAAGAUUAUGGAGAUCCCGCCAGGAAUCAAAAUCCGGUCCGUGACCAUCAAAGUGCAGCAUGUAGUUCAGAUUGGCAGAUCCACCCAGUCCUUUGCCCCUCGGGAGGCACUGUCUCCGUUCUAUGAGACCCCUGGAUGAGUGUUUCUGUGGUACAGAAAGGAAGGACCAGUCAUUGAUGCCCUUCUGCUGAAAGGUGGUCAGCAGGGGAAUCCGACUCAGGAGGCCAAACUGACCACCUGCCUCGAUGAGGAGAACACUUCCAUUGCUGUUUUUGGCCAGUAGCGAGCACUCACCAAUCACAUAGUCAAAUGCAAAGUGCCGCUCCUCUGGUGCCAAGACAUUGGGUACGGAGUUCUUCAGCAGCGUGCCGGCCAGGACAACGAUGACGGAGAGGAAUCCUAUCACAAUGCCAGCCAGAACCAGGAUAUCUGCAAGGAAAAACCCUCAAGUUGCAGUUGUUUACAAUACCUCCCAGCUUACUUUGAAAUUUCAGGCCCAUGCUGUUCCCUGCGAUGACGAAAUCUAACUAGUUAGCAGGCGAGAACUGACUGCCGUGGACUUGGUCUAAUCCAAUUAAAGAAUUCAGGGGGUGAGAUUUGGUUGAGCGCCAAAUUUGAAUUGCAAUGCACAUCGGAUAGAGAUGACCUGUUGGCGAAAUAUGAGCGCUUAGUGAUGCGUCACCAAUAAUGGCACAAUUAAGAAAAAAAAUAUUGAUUUUACUUAUUUUUAAUUUUGUUUUUAACAUACUUACACGAAAACUUAAUUUGUUAAUAAAGAACCCUAACUUUUCCCACCAUCUAUUCUAGCUCGUUUCCCGCCAAAUCGCGCCAGUACGGUACUUCGACUAACAGAUUGCUAUCGAUUUGUUCUCAUCACUGGCAAGGCAACCGUUCGCCACCUAAAUUCUUUGUUUUUGCAUUCGGCUGCUCCGAAGAUCAACGGAGUCGGAUUAUUUGAUCGACUACAAGCUCUGCGAGAUAAUAUGCGGGCCUCCCUUAUCACUCGCCAGUGCAAGCCGAGGCCUGAAGCCAGAACAGCUGCUAGUCGGUCAGCAGUGGAAACAAAAGGCGAGCUGUAACAAUAGAUCCCGAUAAUCAGCAGUGGAAGAUCACUCGGCGGAGAGCCCCAAUUCAGAACAGAGGAGUCCGAACAAUGAACUAGCAUUAGUACCAGUGAAUCAGCAGAGCUUAGAAGAACCUUGCACUCCCGAGGAGCCACAGGUGUCCCACAAUGGAGGACCAGCAGGAGGAGAAUAUGCAGCAGCUGCUAAACUUGUUGCCCAAGGAUCAGCGGCAGAUCUUUGA